AUGCCAAACAUUCGAGUAGUAGAACAUUACUAUCGCAAUGAUGAUGAUGAGGAGGAGAAUAACGAUGAUGGUAUGUCAAAAUUCUACGCGGCUGUGCCGCAGACAAAAGAGUAUUGGCGGGAAAAUUACGAAAAAUUUAUGCUUUUGCUGAGCGUUCAGAAAAACAGAAACAGCAACAACAACAACAACAACAUUAAUAAUAAUAAUGAUAACAAAAAUAAAAACAACAACAGCAAUAAUAACAACAACAAUACCACCAACAACAAUAACAAUAGUAAUAAUAACACACGCCUUAGCCGAUUUUUCCUCAAACCACCUCGAGUUACACAAGAAGAAACGAAAAUCUCUGAAAAUGAUUUAUCGAACUUUGGCGGAGUUUUUUCAAAAAGUUUUAACGACACCGCCGACUUGAACAAACUUGAAAAAUAUGUAAAUAAUUCAGCCGAUUUGCAUCAGAAAUAUCACGUCAACAAUGCAAGCAACAACAACAACAUGUACAAUAACAACAACUACAAUCUCAACAACAUGUACAACAACAACAUGUACAAUAACAACAACUACAAUCUCAACAACAUGUACAACUACAACAACACUGCAGCCAACAAUCGAGACAUAAUUUUCUACAAACACACAACGACAACAACAACGUCAAAGACAACUACCCAACAACAUCGAGUCUACCAACAACCAAACCACCGUCACAACAAUACACACACGCAACAUCAACAGCAUAGAAUAAUUUACUUUCCAACACUGAAACCAAUCCUAACUCAACUUUCUUCAAACAAUUUACAUUCCAACGAAAAAUUAUUGCCGCAACACUUGAAACAACAACAUUUGCAAACUCAACGACAACAACAGCAACAACAACAACAACAGCAGCAACAACAACAACAGCAACAACAUCAACAACAACAACAUUAUCCAGAACUUUCAAAUGCAAAACAUCUACAACUACAUACACAAACACAAAAACAAAGUACAACUCAACAACAACACAUACAACAACAACUGAGACAAAACGCAUCAAAAAUUUCAUCCACGCCAAAUUUGAAACUUCUCUCCAUCCUACCGACCACAAUAAGUUGUGUGGUCGUGUGUGGCCAGCCACCGAUAGACGUGCACAUUUUUAUGGGUAAUAAGUCGCUUGCUGGCCAUGUCGACAUUGAUACAAUCGUUGAUACUACAUCGGGUGAUGUUGGUAUGCGUAACGUAAUAUACACAACGGAAGUGACGUUGGUAGACUAUCACGUGACACCGGAAGACGAUUUAAAGUCUUUGGUCUGUCAAGCGGAAGUGGCUGGUUACGAUCCUGUGUCUUCCAUUGUUUAUGUUGACGUUCAAUAUCCUCCUGUGAUAACUUGUAGACUGAUAUUAACGACAAACAACACCAACAACAACAUUACUGACACCAACAACAACGAUAAAAACAUCAACUCUAAAAACAUCAACAACUACAACAGCAAUAACAUGAAAGAUAUCAACAAGAUAAAACCAACCGGCAAAAAUAACAUGAAAAACAUCAACAACGUCAAAAAAAUCAAGCAAAAAAGCAGGGAAAAUAAUAACAACAACAACAGCAGCAGCAACAACAAAAGCAACAACUACAACAAAACAAUAGCAAUGAUAAUAUGCUUGGUCAAUUCAAAACCCGAACCAAGGAAGUAUGCGUUCAUACUGGACAGCAAUGCCGUAAGCUCCUAUCCCGUGGUAAAAAUUUCAGCUUGA